AAUAUAAUGACGUAAUUGAUGUUAGAUAACGGAUAGAUACAGUAUUUAGAUAAUGUUUAUUUCGGUCGAUGAGUAUACACCGGCGAAAGCUUGACCAGAGAGAGAGCGUUUACUGGCUCUGUGUUAAGAUGGCAGAAGAUGGAGUGUGCCACAAGGUUGUGGAUAACGUCGAUGACUGCGUCAAGGCUGUCGAUGACCUCCUCCAGGAGCCUGUCGUUGCUGUGGACUGCGAGGGAAUCAAUCUUGGAAAGAAGGGCCCUCUCACUCUUCUGCAGGUGGCCAAACUAGACGGUUUUGUCUACUUGUUCAACGUGUUCGUUGAGCCAAAAGUCUUCACUAAAGGCCGACUGAAGUCGUUUCUGGAAAAUCGAGACAUCGUCAAGGUAUUUCAUGGGUGCAGCGGUGACAGCGCCGCCCUCAAGUGUCAGUUUGAUGUCAUGCUGAUCAAUGUUUUUGACGUGCAGAUGGCUCUUUUCAUCAUUGAAAAAUCUGAAGGGAGACAACUCCCAUAUGCCCGGAAGUUGAUGGAUGUUUGCAGCCGCUACACUGACGUCACUUCCCUUGAGGGAAAAGAAGACGUCACAGCCAAAUUGUACAAAAGCAAUGCUGCUUAUUGGGCAACAAAAGAAUUUACACCGGAAAUGAUCGACUACGCAUGUGCAGAUGUACGGACUUUGAUACCAGAGGUGUAUGAGAAACUGAAAAGCAUACUUGACGAUAAGGAUCUCUGGAGAGGUUUCAGGGAAAGGGUAGAUUACGAGCUGAACUUUCGGUGGAACGAAGCAGUGAAGUCAAACAGCGACGAAUUCAUGUCAGUCGUGAGGAAGGUUCUGCGCCAGUUUGAAUCGAAGUACGCAAGCGAUAUCGCUUUUGCUGAUAUUUCGGAUGAAGAUGACAUUCAAGCUCUGAGACUGGUCCGAAUCACAGAAAUUGACGGGUUCCCUGUUCUUGUCAGGAGGUUGAAAAUCGAAUUUCUCAAGAACGAGCUGAAGACGAUAGAAGAAGAGAUGACUUCACAAGGGGACUCAUUUAUUGCGACUUAAUAUUACUUGAAUACGUUCUAUGCAGCAAAGAGAAGCAAGAACUCAGAACUGAAGAACUCGGCUCAAAGACUACAACAAAGAGCAAAUGACAUACUCAAGAAAGACCUGGUCGUCAAAUACACGGAGCUAACUCCAAACGACCAUCUGAAAGAUGCAGAGAGAAGGUUGUUACGAGAUCUCCCUGUCUCAACCGGAACCAGCUCAGCUGUCAACCCCGUCCUCCGCCAUCUUUACAACGUCAGCAUCGACAGCGACGUGGAGGAAAUUGAGACUCUGAGGCAGAAGUUCCGGCGUGAAGGCAGUCGUUUCAGACUUAACGAUGCCGACCACCGACAGUACAAGUACUUCAUCAGCGCUCCUGGAGUCCCUUCAAGGCUUAAGACAAAGGCCAAGCUAUUUCUGAACGAAUUACAGGAGGCUGGGGUGGUGGCAGCUCCAAGGAGGAGGUCGCGGUUUCUGUUUAGUGUUUAGAAUUGCCUCCACCAACUAGUUGUAAUGUCUGUUAUCAAAUAUGCUUUUGUUACAGUAAUGAAGAAGCCUCAUUCCACAAAUAAUGUCUCUCAAAAUACUCCAUUUGUGAAAGUAUUCCAUAAUUGCACAUGUUACGAAUGAAACUGAUGUGUCUCCCACUUGCAUUUUUUUACUAAUUUGAUAAUUGCACUAUUUCCGGAUGAAGCGGAUUUGCUUCAGCCCUUUAGGCUUAUCAAGUACCUUUACAUAUAUGUUGUAUUGUGAAGGUAAGCUACAGAACACUGAUGCUGUGAUACACUGCUUUGACAGAUGGUAUUGGAGGUUUUAGUGUUAGAACAUGAAAGCAUAUGUUCAAAAUAUAUGUUCAGGGUUCACUCAGGCUUGAAAAAAACCCUGAAAUGUAGACAUUUUACCCUGAAAAGGCUCUCAAUUCGUUUUAGCUUUGAAAAGGCUCUAAUUUGCCCUAAAAGGCCCAAUAUAUAUCGAAACUUGUCAACUUCUGAUUUUACAGGAAACUAAUACAUGAGGAAAAUACCUUGCAA